AUGGACGAGCCAAACGUCACGCCCGCCCAAUCCCAAUAUCCCAACCUCAACCCCUAUGAGGGCAGCAACGGCAACACAAACACCAGCACCAACGGCUCCGCCAUGGGCUCGAUGGAGAACGCGAAGAACAGCGCGAUGAACAGUAAGUCAUACCCAUCAUCCUCACCUCCACCAAGCCAUCCUAACAUCCACCCCUCCACAGCGGCACAGCAAGGCAUGGACAGCGUCAAGAACUCCCAGACCUACCAGUCCCUCUCCUCCGGCCCGAUGGCCGACAAAGCCCGCACCGAAGCCGACAAGACCAGCAACGAGUUCUCCAACCUCGCCUCGGCCCGCCAGACGCCCAACACCCAGACAGUGACGGGCCAGAACUUGACACACUACCACUCCCUCUUCUACAACCUGCUCUCGUGGGAGAAUCCGCGUGCCACCGGCAUCUCCUACGCCGCCAUCGUCCUCUUCAUCUUUGCUACCCGCUACGUCCCGCUCGUCCGCUAUGGAUUGAAGCUCUCCUACAUGAUUCUUGGCGUGAUGGCGGCGGCGGAGUUGGCUGGCAAGAUGAUCUUUAGUGAAGGCUUCGCUACCAAGAUGCGGCCGAGACGGUACUACACGGUUCCACGCGAGACGCUGGAAAGCGUGAUGGAGGAUCUCGUCGAGCUGGCCAACUUCUUCGUUAUCGAGUUCCAGAGGAUUGUCUUUGCCGAGAACGUCUACGUGACCAUUGGCGCCUUCACAACCGCGCUCAUCACCUACUUCCUGGUCAAGAUCACCCCAGCCUGGGGCCUCGCCCUCCUCUUCACCACCCUCGCCUACUUCGUCCCGCUCGCCUACCUCCAGAACCAGGAGCUGAUCGACCACCACGUCUCCAACGCCCAGACCAUCGUCAGCAAGCAGACCGAGCAGCUCCGCGAAAUCGCUUCCCAGCAGACCAACAAGGCGGUUGAGGCCAGCUCCAGCGCUUUCAAGACUUAUGGUGCUCGCGCGUCUGAGAUGGUUGGCCAGGCGAAGCAGAGCGCUGUCGACAAGGGAUACGUGAACCAAGAGACCGCGGACAAGGCACCUGGCAGCACUGAGGUCAAGAAGGAGGACUUCCCGAGCGCGCCGACUUCUGUCCCGCAGACUGACGGGCCGACCGAGCAGCCCGUGAGCUCUGAUGUCAACAAGGAAGAGCAGGAGCCGUUGUUGGCAUAG